AUGAGUGAUUCAUGCGAUAUCUCCCAAGGCAGGGAGUUUUCCAGCAAAUAUGUCAACGACGAUCCGCCUACUUCCGAAGCCCUGAAGGCCGCUGACGCCAUUGAAGUCUAUGAUGGCGAGGGCAAGAAGCACACCUUUAAAAGCAUCUAUAGCAGACCAGACCUACCUCGAAGGGUUCUUGUUGUUUUUGUUCGCCACUUCUACUGCUGCUCAUGCGUGAACUACACUAGCUUCCUCGCUGAGAAUGCGACACCCGAAAAGCUGAAGAAGCUUAACACGGCUAUUGUAAUCGUGGGCCAUGGCGAUGUCAAACAAGUUGAAAUGUACCGCCUAGACACGGGCUGGCAGUACCCCAUCUACACAGACCCUUCAGAGAAGCUAUACAGUACACUGGGAAUGAUUAAAACGUGGAAAGAGGGGCCGCCGAAUAAGUAUAUGCCUUGGACUACCACCUGGGCUGUAUGCUGGUCCAUGAAGACUGCGAUUUGGAGAUUCAUGCAGGGAUAUCCUGUAUUCUCGUCUGGAGCACCCAGCUUGCAGGGCGGAGAGUUUUUAUUUGAGGGAGACGGGGAGGAUAAAAAAGCGACUUGGUGCCAUCGCAUGAGAUAUUCAAGAGACCACGCAGAUACUGAUGAGAUUACUGAGGUACUUGGACUGAACAAGGUCUGA